AUGAAUUCCAUUGUAGAAGUCGUUGCCCUUUUGCUUGGUUUUUUGGGCUGGGUGAUGGUUGGGGUUGCUCUACCGAACCGUUACUGGAAAGUGUCCACAGUUGAUGGCAACGUUAUCACCACUUCCACCAUUUACGAGAACCUGUGGAUGUCCUGCGCUACAGACUCCACGGGAGUCAGCAACUGCCGUGAAUUCCCCUCGCUGCUUGCCCUCUCAGGAUAUAUCCAGGCAUCCCGCGCGCUAAUGAUCGCUGCAAUAGUGCUGGGGACAUUUGGAAUCCUCGCCACCCUAGUCGGAAUGCGGUGCUCGAAAGCCGGAGGAGACAACUAUGUUCUAAAAGGCAGGAUCGCGGGCAUCGGAGGCGUGUUCUUCUUGCUACAGGGUCUGUGCACUAUGAUUUCUGUGUCGUGGUACGCCUUCAACAUCACCCAGGAGUUCUUCGAUCCCUUUUACCCCGGUACAAAGUACGAGAUUGGGGAGGGCUUGUACAUUGGAUGGUGUUCGGCCACAUUGGCAAUCUGUGGGGGAUCGUGUCUGGUGUGCGCCUGCAGACUGGAGAAGCCCGACAACGUUCCGUACGUCUACCAGCCUAGCAAGGGGACUGUGUAUUCGGGGGCCGUGCCGUCACAGCGAGGUGCGCCGUCCAGCCCUUACGACAGGAACGCCUAUGUCUGA